CAAGCUCUACUCAUUGUGUUCAGAAAUACAGUAACCAUUAUUGUCACUUGGAAUGGUUUGCACCAACAAUGGAUUCAACCAACAAUGAAGCUACCAACAACCAGAGUACGAGAAGCAUCGUCCCGUCUUCAUCAAGUGGGCAGAGGAGGGCGCCUUGUUCUGUUCUUUACUGGUGGGCGAGGAAUAUCCAUGUUGGUGGGGAAGAUGCUGACUAGAAACAAGGUGGCAAUGGCAAAGUCAGCUGGAGUGGCUCGCUAUGCGUGGGGAAGCUACAGAGAGGUGAAUAUCCAGCCAACUGAAACUCCAAAUCUGUUCUUAUUCACUUUCAAUAGUAUGGAGAUCAGGGAUAGAAACAAUCGAACCGAUCCAUGUUGCACACCUCCAUGGCCAUUGAGAACGAUCAUGAUUCAAAGUUUUAACCAGCACCAGACAGUCGGAUUGGACCGUACACUCGGAUCCAUAUUCUUGAGCUAAUUUCACUCCUUUAAGAAGGGCCUAAAAGCGAGAGCCUCGCUUCCUAAUGAUUAGAUUAAUAUUCUUGAUCUCAUUUCUUAUUUUCUUUAGAAUUGUAACCGGGUUUCUCGUCUUUCAUUUGAAUUUGAUUGGUGGAAUAAAAGCAGGUAAUGACGGUAAAAAAAAAUGGUUUGCACAAACCAGCAGGUACUUUUCCCUUUUCUUGUUGGAACAACGUUCUUCUGAAUAGUAGCGUAUACUUCAUUGUUAAGUUUUCCUUGCAAGAAACAAAAAGUUAAAAGUUCUGAUUUUUAAUCAUACCACCAAAGACAAACAGUAAAACAAACACAUCAAAAGUGGAGACGACACAGACUAAAACAUCAGGUCAACGGCUAGUUUUUCCACUACUACUUUUUGGGAUAAUUAUCGUGCAAAUCAAAUCAGUUAACCCAGUAAGCAGACCGAGAAAAGGAAAACCCUAUUCGAAUCUCGAUAACCCAUCUAAGAAAUCGGAAUUAAAAAGGGCUUCCGAAUAAAAAGGCUUCCACUUCUCCACUAGGAAGCAAGGCUGCGGUUUCUCUGCGGUCAUCGAAUAUCCCCACGAACCCAAUAGAAAAAUACUGAGAUACAGCAGCCAGCCGCAAGCUCGACAGCUAAAGCAGAGAAUAUUUGUGGAUGGUUUUCUAAAGCUUUCAUUUUCGGAUCAAAGUUCCCUACUGCCUACUGCCAUGUCUCGGUAAUCAACUCCUCCCGUUUCUUUGUUUAUUCAUUACUCUUGGCUGCGAUCGAAGCGGAAGGAAUAGUCGCAUUGCUGUGAAAAUUUUGUUUCUUUCCGGUGUUUAGCUGGUAUUGAUUGAUUUUCUGAAUUGACUGUGUAGAAAGAUCAUGUGGGUUCUGUGAUCCACUGCGAUAAGUUGCUUAUCAAUGUAUUUUAUUAGCGAUUCCUGCUCGGGAGUAGAAUUUGAAUCUCGGCUACGUAGGUGUGGUCAAAGCCAAGUCGUUGUCGGUUGUCAUCACAUUGUCCAGAGCUUCUGUUCUGCGUAAUUUUAACUGUCCGUUAUUGCCCAUCACCGGAACCCUAAUUUAACAUAGUGGGUGAUUUCAUCUACCAGUUAGGGCAUUGCUUAGAGUACAAAUUGUGCCCAUCCUUUUGAAUGUGUUUAAGGUUUUUGCUUUACUUUUGAUGCUUAUCAUUUCGUUCUUACCCGGAAGCAUUCGUUUAAUUAUAUGGUUGAAAGUUCAAAACUUUCCUGUGAUCUCACCCUUUUGUUGGUCAGAAUAUGGGCGGAUAUGCGGAUAUCUGGCCGGCACUUCUAAUGUUUGGAUUGCUGUCUAUGUGGUGCUCGCUUAGUUGCCGUUUGUGCAAAUCAUCACCUGAAAUAGGGCAUUGAAUUGAUCGUCUUUCAGUUGCAUUUCAAGCUUGCAACUUUUAACUGUAUUGGUACAUUCUGCUUAUUACAAAUAGUAGGCAUCUAUGCUCAUAGUUAUGCAUGAUGCCAUGUACCACAGCAUUUCCUCUCCCAACCUUAUCUUGUGGACAUUGAAUUGAUCGUCUUUCAGUUGCAUUUGAAGCUUGCAACUUUUACCUGUAUUGGUACAUUCUGCUUAUUACAAGUAGUUGGCAUCUAUGCCCGUAGUUAAGCGUGAUGCUAUGUACCACAACAGUUCCUCUCCCUACCUUAUCUUGUUUAAGCUCGGUUAUGGACAUGGAGUUAAUUUCUUAUGUGCUUCUGUGGUUUUUCAUCUCUUCUUAAUAUUUGGAGACACUCUUUGCUGUAUUAAUAUUUAGUUUAUUUUGGCGUUAUCACUUUUCUGGAUUAUUGUCAUACUUUGAUCUGUUCCUCAUAGCUACCCUGUCUUGUUGCUUCUGAUUCGUUUCACAAUCUGUGCAGUCCAUCAUGGCUGGUCGAUGGUAGAAGAAUAGCCAGAAAAAUUAAGAGUGCAUCUGAUCCUGAAAAAGUCAAAUGGGAGAGCAACCCAACCAAAUCUUGUCCAAAUUGCCAUCACAUUAUUGACAACAGUGAUGUACGUGUCUUUUGACUUCGUUCAUUUACUCUUAUGUUAUGUUCAACAUUGUAGAGAAACAGAGGUGUUUGUACUCUCAAGGGUCAUAGUCAAAGAAAGGCUUCAAUUAUGGACAUUCACUUCUCUUAUUUAGAAAGACCACUCUUUUCUGGUUCUCUGGUAUCCGUGUUGUAAGUAUACUAUGCAUUCAUUUCUGUCCUUUAGUUGAAACAUUGCAUCACAAUUCACACAUCAAUUGUCUGUGCAAAAGUCAAUUGCGUAAUGUGAGGACCAAUUUUCGUUUGGGUCCCUGAAAAAGUAAAUCUCUUAUAUUUUCUUUGUGUGGAAUGCUGAUAGUACCUUUCCCAUAUCAAAACGAAAGUCAGAGCUAUGAGUCCAAUUCUAUUCUGGCAGAUUUGCAAUGGACGUCUCUUUUCAUGUAUGUGAUUCUAGGCUGUUAUCAAAUCUUAUCUGUUUCUACUGGAAGCUGCAAGGUUCUGUGGACAAUUUAACCAGACAAUUUCAUUAUCUAUCUCCUGUCGUUCUAUGGUAAUUGACCACUGUAAAUCUCAUGAUACGAAAAAUCUCUUAUGCUUUACAGGUUGUUCAAGCAUGGCCUGGAUUACCCAGAGGGGUCAAAUUUGAUCCAACUGACCAGGAAAUCAUCUGGCAUUUACUUGCGAAAUCUGGCUUUGCUUCUCAUAAACCCCAUCCAUUCAUUGAAGAGUUCAUACCAACUGUUGACAAUGAUGAUGGGAUCUGUUACACUCAUCCCAAGAACCUACCAGGCGUGAAACAAGACGGGAGUACAUCUCACUUCUUUCACAGGGCAAUCAAAGCUUACAAUACGGGGACUCGAAAGCGCAGAAAGAUUCAAGGUGACGAUGUUGGUGAUGUUCGCUGGCACAAAACUGGCAGGACUAAGCCGGUGGUCUUGGAUGGUGCGCAGAAAGGUUGUAAGAAAAUAAUGGUUCUCUACACUAGUUUGGUAAGGGGAGGUAAAGCUGAGAAAACAAACUGGGUGAUGCAUCAGUACCACCUUGGAACGGGCGAGGACGAGAAUGAUGGGGAAUAUGUGAUUUCAAAGAUAUUUUAUCAGCAACAACAACAAGCUAACAAGGCCAAUAAAACUGAAGAAGAGCUAUCUGAAACUAUUGAUCAUGCCUUGAUUACAAAUGUAGAUCCAGUCACUCCCAUGUCCGUCACACCUGAUCCUCCUCUCCAUGAGAGGCGUUUUUGUGAUACUGACCUUGUGAAAGUCUCUGCAAUUGCUGAUCCUUAUCUUCAGUAUACGGAGCUUGAACAUCUAGAUGAUGAGGUUCAGCCCCUGACUGAAAACCCUAGUUGCAAUGAUCUGGUGCCAGUGACUGAAUAUCAAGACUUAGAUAACAACAAAGACUCUGGCGAGGAAGAAGCGAAAUGGUGGGACGGUGAGUCACAGAACUUGUUGGAUUCGCAACAGAUGGUAGAAGGUCUGUCCGUAUGUGAAGAGUUCCUUCAGAGCCAGUCUCCGAGUAGAGAUGGGAAUGGAGAUCCAUUACCGAAUAGAAAAUCAUCUUUUUCGUUCCAGUAUGAAGGUGCGGAGGAUUUGAAGAAGGAUUUAGAGGAAUGCCAAACUCUGGCUGUUGACCCUGCAAAUAUAGAGCUCGAUACCCCUCCCGAGUUCAGACUCAGCCAGCUUGAAUUUGGAUCUCAGGAAAGCUUUCUGGCAUGGGGGGGAGGAGAGAUAAAAUGAUUGGCUAGCUUCAAGGCUUAACAUGUUUUGGUGUGGAUCGAAAGAGAGGGGAAGCACCUGAUCGGCUAUAUCCUUAUUUGUAUAUGUAAACUCCAAUUAGUAACAAUGGAGAUGGUGGUUGGUGGGAGGGUUUUUGAGGACUCCUAUAUUUUGUACCACCUUGGCAGCUUAAUGCAGAAAGGCAACUGCUGCUCGUUUUGUAAGAUGCUCUGCUCUUUGUUUUGAAUGGAGAACACACGUCUGUGAUUCGUAAUGUGUUCUUCUCAAUGUAGGGUGCCAAGCAAGUUCAUCUUGUUACGACCUUGUAUGCUUUUCUUUGGUCUCCCCUCUUGCGGUUGACACAGCCAACUAGCUGUUGUGCUUUAUAGUUGGUAUCCGCCGCAUUGCAAGUACCGGCUUGUAUAAUGAAAAUGCUCUGCCAAAACUUGCUUGUGAUCACGUCGUACUUGUCAACACUUCAUGCUCGACAUUGGCACUUCUUCGUACUCUGUAUCAAGGCAAUAGCCUUGUCCUUGAUUUGUCAAUGAUGAGCUAGGUUAACAUGGCCUCAAUAAGUCUUGUCGAAUUUCCAUAUGUUGGAUUGAUGGAAAUGGUUUCCAUGGGGUGCCAUGGUUGAGUACAAUGUUGACAUGAAUGAAACCAUAAUUUAUGGGUUCAAAAAUCUGUCAAUCACAAACCAAACUUGGGUUGCUAACAAAUAACAUUCUUUUAUCUAAAAUGCCACCUUACAGACCCUACAAGGUGACAUGGAAAUGGAAUGGCAUGUACAUUUUGAUAAUGUACAUGGCAACAGAGACCAUAUGACAAACAACUCAUCCCCCAAUUAUAAGUUAGUCACCUCUUUGCCGAUCCCAAAGCUUAGCCGCUAGUCCCUGUCAUGGCCACCAUCAUAUUCAUUGCUAGCUCUAUCCCUUUGGCUGGCAGUUUGGCGUCAUGUUGUUAUGAAAUUUCCUCUGCCCCUGCCCCGGUCCCUACACUCUCUGCAAAAUAUCGAUCGAUGUCAGUUUCACGAGAAACAGAGAGGAACUGAAAUAAAGAAAAAGAGGGUCCUAUUAACUUUCCCUCUUAUUUUGGUUCCCUUGGCAUGCAGUACAGACUACAGAGAGCAGCUCAAGAACAGUGACAUAUAGGGCCUUCCUUCCGCAGAACAACCUGUUAUUUUGGAUCUAGUAACAUGUAUAGCAAAAUUAAGGAGAAGGAUGGUGUUUGUUUGAAUACAGGGCCCUCCCCUUUUGCCCUCUUUGCUCUGUUGCUGGCUGGCUAGCUGGUCCUUGUCAAGUUCCGUGCAUCUGGGCUAUGAGGUUUCGCUUUUGGGUACGUAAACCAGACACGAUUUGGGACAAAGUAAUAAAGGAAUGGAUGGAGAUAAGGCGAUAAGAUAUGUCCACUUGCUGCCCACAUAUAUAUUCAACCUUCUCUUUUCCUCUGAUCCUUCCUUCCACUAAGCAUACAUAAAUUGGACCAUCACAAGAACGAGAGAGUGUUUGUUGCUCAUUGUGGUGGCCUGGAGAAAGUGGUGGUGGCAAAAUGUGAAAGCGGCCGGGUAGGAAUUAUUGGAGAGAGCCAUUUGUUGGGUUGUUCUGCUGAAGACGAAGGGGGGCCUGCUAGUGCUAGCUAUGGCUAUAUGAGUGUGAAGUAUGAGGGAGUUCACGUGUGUGUUUUAAGGGAUGGGAUUAGGUGCUAACCCUUAUAGGAGUUAGCACCGUGAUAACUAGCAAAAAAUGCUACUAAAAAUAAGGAAAUCACUACGGAUUAUUAUAAAAUCAAUACAACAUCUAAGCUAAA